AUGGCUGAGACAACUAUGACAUCUCCCUUCUCCACUCCUUCGUUCCCUCGAAACAUUCCAUUAUUUUCACGCCUGCUAUCGGACGACAAUGACGAGGCUUCCGACUCUCCUUCGCCUACCGAUGUGGCUACUAUUUCGAGUGACCCUGCUCGACCUACAAGCCCCGGGGAUCGAAGCCCUUCGGUUCAGUUUGCAGCUAGGCGGGAAUUUAGACGAGGAGUGGCUUCUGUAACCUCAGCUGAACAUAUAGAACGCCCAGGAAACUCUACGUCACCGAAGUCUAUGACAGUACAGCAAUACAUGUUAGAUUCCGAUCCAGCUGACCAGAAUUUAACCGCUUUGCGGCGACUAAUGGCCGGCUCUCCUUCUUCUCUAUCACGAUCACGUGAGACACCAAGGAUCAGCGGUAGCAUUGUGAGUGCUGCCGUAUCACCAGGAAUGAAUGAUGUAUUUCAGGAUGCUGUAGAGGAGCAGAUUCAGGGUCCUGCAGAGGGCGACAAACCAAAAGUUACGACAGAGGCUAUUCUUUCUAACAUGCACAACAUCAUUCGGGGUCAUUACAACGAAAACAACAAGGGAUAUGCUUACGUUUACCGAGACAGUAAGGAUGAAUGUCAGCGCUUCAAGAUUGGAUCGACGGAUCGGCCAGAAGACCGCAAAAAAGAGCUCGACAAGCAAUGCAAACUCAAGGGCUGGGAGUUGGUACAGGAUCCUAAAAUGCCUAUUUGGGAGUAUAAACGACUCGAAAGGCUCGCCCACAGUGAGCUGAAGAACUUCAGAUGUGAUACUAUAUGCCCCGGUGAUGGUAUGAAACAUCGGGAGUACUUUUAUGGCUCAAACGCUACUGCCUCUGAGGUCUUAGGACGCUGGUCGCGGUGGCUAGUAAAUCACGAGCCAUAUGACAAGAAGAGCGAGCUGAAGCCUUUCUGGUCCGAUCGCCUUGAAUGUUUCACUGAUAACAAAAUGGCCUCGUUCUAUUUCAACUGCAGGAAAGCUACAUGCUCACAGCGAGAUUCCAGUCCCGUUGCUUGCCAGGAAUGUCUUCAGAGAGGAUGGAAAGUGUGGACAGAACCAAGGACGUUAGACAAGGUUAAGUACUACUGUCCUUAUUAUGCCGAGGCCGUAUGGGAGCGCACACCCGCACUGUCAACCUGUUUCUUCCUUAUGGUGUGGGGCAGAUUGAUUGCGCCGAUGAUCUUUGCUCUUUUGCAUAGUUCCGAACUUCGUGGAGGGUUAAUCGUGACUGACAUUAUUAUAUGCAUAUGCGCCCUCUUCUGUCACCUUUCCCAAAACAAGGCACCACAGGGCGAAUUUAAGACGAAGUACACCGGUAAGAGAGCUACGUCAGCUUCGGGACAAUCCAUUAUAUCUCCAGGGGUGUCCUCAACCAGACAUGGCCAAGAAGAUACUCCUGCAAAAAAGAGAAAGCAAUUAUAA